AUGAAUCUUACAAGUGGUGUUUUAUCAAUAUGUUUUGUUGCAACUUGUGCAAAUCGAAUAUUGGCAUUUCAUCAUUAUGGCAAUAAAAUGAAUUUAUCAUCCAAUACAUUUCUUUGGAUCUGGAUUAUUUUUAUUCCUGAUCUUAUUGUUUUAUUUAUUUUAUAUCUUUUAUUACUUUAUGUUGGAUCGAAACAUCCUCAAUAUAAUCUAUAUAGUAUUCUAGUCGGUUUAGUCUAUGCUAUAUUUAUUAUUCUUGUUUCAUCAUCUAAUAUUAUUAUGUUGACAAUAACAGGUCGUAAUAUAGAUUGGAGAAUUGUGUUUGAAGUGGAUUUUACAGCAACAUAUAGUUUAUACAUUCCACAUUUAUAUUCAUUUUUAUCUCUUUUGCUUUCACAUUUUCUUCUUGGAUCUACAAUUUGGUCAAUUAACAAUCAUUUCAAUCAAAUCUAUACCGAAUUACAUUAUGUUCUUUUCAAAACUAUAAAAAUAUUCAUUUCUUCUGUUAUUCUAAUCUAUUUAAUAAUUAAUCUCUUUUAUCAUUUACCACAAUCUUAUCAAAAUUCAUCAUCAAAUAUGGUUUUAUCAUAUUUUCAUGAAUUACUUUCAUAUUAUUGGAGAACAAUUGUAUUUAUGUCAUUUCAUACAGGAGAAUCGAUCGUCAAUAGUAUUUCUCAAGCAAUUCGUGCACCACCAAUUAAUAUUUCUGAUCCAAUCGUUACUCUGAAAAAACCAAUAAAAAAUGUUUUUCUAAUUAUUUUGGAAUCAACUCGUGCUGAUGUUUUACCAUUGAAUGAACAAUUUCUUAAUGCUACACAAUCUGCCUUUACUUCUGAUAUUCCUCUUACAAAUGUUACACCAAUAUUAAAUUCAUUUUGGAAAAAUUCUCUUCGUACAGUUGCAUCAUCAACAUCAUCUUAUACAUUAAAAAGUCUUGUUAGUAUAUUUUGUGGGAUUUAUCCACUUAAUCUUAAUUUUGUUAAAGAAGUUAAUGAAGAAAAUAUAUUUUAUGAAAAAUGUUUACCAGAAUUACUUCAUCACACAUUUAAAACAAAAACUAAUCAAUCCAAAUUUCGUUCAGCAUUUUUUACAUCAGCUCGUGGUGAUUUUGAUCAUCAACGAGAAUUAAUUCAAAAAUUUCAAUUUCAAUCUCAAUAUGAUGGAUUUGAUAUUAUUGAACAAUCAGGAUAUGUUCCUGAUCUUGGUAUGUUUGGUCCUGCUGAUCCAAGUAUUUUACCAUUAUUAUGGAAAUGGCUUGAUGAAACUUUAGCAGAAGAAGAAAAUCAUCAAUUAAUGAUGAGUUUAUUAAUUACUGGAACACAUGAACCUUUUCUUUAUCCCGAAGAUCGAUCAUAUAAUGAUUAUCAAUAUUAUACAAAUGAUCCACGUAUAAAUGCUCAUCUAAAUACAUUAAAAAUAACUGAUGAAUUAUUUGGAAAACUUAUUCAUGGUUUUAAAUCACGAAAAUUAUAUGAUGAAACACUUUUUAUUGUUGUAAGUGAUCAUGGUUAUGUUUUUAAUGAUUAUGGAAGUCAAACUGUUGGUUUAUUAAGUUCACCUUUAGAAUCAGCAUUUUCUGUUCCAUUAAUAUUUCAUAAUCGAUAUCUUCAACCUAAACAACUUCAUGGACAAUAUUCUACUAUGGAUAUAUUACCAACUAUUAUGGAUAUAUUACCAACUAUUAUGGAUAUAUUAUUAUUAUCAUCAAAGAAGAACAAGAAGAAGAAGAAGAAAUUAACGAAUCAAUUAUUAUCAUCUGUUGAAAAUCAACAAUUAAAAACAAUCUUAUCUUUAUAUGAAGGAACAUCAAUUCUUCGAAGACCGAUUGAAGAAGAAUAUAUUCGAUAUAUAUUUAAUUUAGCUAAUCCUGGUAAUUCAUUUCUAAGUAUUAAACAAUAUCCAAGAAAAUUAACUUAUGAUAUUACAAAUGAUGAAGUACAUUUAUAUCAUCUUCAAUAUGAUCCAUUUGAAUCCAUUGAUUUGAUUAAUCUUUCUAAUCAACCAAUAGACAAUUAUCCAUCAUGGAUUCACAUUAUUCAUCACAAACAAAUAUUAAAAUAUGGAUGGAAAGGACGUUGGAUUAGUAAAACUAUUCGUAUUAAUAUGUUUAGUCAAAUAUUAUCGGAGAAAAAGAAAAAUAAUCAUUGGUUAAAACCAAAAUCAGUUAUUUUAAAUAAUUCUAAAAUUGAUCUAGAUGAAAUGUUAAAUUGGGCUGAUCGAACAUUUGAAUUAACUCGGCUUUGGACUAAACUUAUUUUCAAAAGAUAUCGUACGAAUAAUACAACAUAG